UGCGUCUACGCUCCCUGUGCGCGGGGUACGCUGGGAGCUGUAGUCCGAUGGGCCCGGCCUUGCCGAGUCCCCGGAAGUGGCCGCGUGAGAGGCCGAGCUGAGCCGGUUCGGGGUAGCGGGACUCCGGGUACUGGGGCGCUGCUCCCGCGCCGGUCAUGAACGGGCCGGCGGACGGCGAAGUGGACUACAAGAAGAAAUAUCGGAAUCUGAAGCGGAAGCUCAAGUUCCUCAUCUACGAACACGAGUGCUUCCAGGAGGAGCUCAGGAAGGCGCAGAGGAAAUUACUAAAGGUGUCCCGGGACAAGAGUUUCCUUCUAGACCGACUUCUGCAGUAUGAGAACGUGGAUGAGGACUCUUCUGACUCCGAUGCCACGGCGUCCUCAGAUAACAGUGAGACAGAGGGGACACCCAAAUUGGACACACCAGCUCCCAAGAGGAAGAGAAGCCCUCCGCUAGGGGGAGCCCCCUCCCCCUCCAGCCUCUCCCUGCCUUCUUCAACAGGGUUUCCCCUUCAGGCUUCUGGGGCUCCCUCCCCAUAUCUGAGCUCGCAGCUGGCUUCCCCUCCUUACCCCCCAUUCCCUUCUGACUACCUGGCCCUGCAGCUGCCCGAGCCCAGUCCCCUGAGGCCCAAGCGGGAGAAACGGCCCCGCCUGCCCCGGAAACUCAAGAUGGCGGUGGGACCUCCUGACUGCCCUGUGGGCGGGCCACUGACCUUCCCUGCCCGGGGUCCUGGGACUGGGGUCGGGGCAGCUCUGACCCCCCUCCCCCCUCCUAAGAUGCCCCCCCAUACCAUCCUGAGCACCGUCCCUCGGCAGAUGUUCAGCGAUGCCGGCAGUGGGGAUGACGCCCUGGAUGGGGAUGAUGACCUGGUGAUCGACAUCCCGGAGUGACCAGCCAGUGCCAUGUGCCAGGCCCUGCCCAGCACCCCUCCCUGUGCCAGCACAAGAGCCCCAGCUUCCUCAGAGGUGUUUAUUGAUGCCCAGUUGCCAUACUUCGGCCACUGACACAAUCAGAAAAAGGCGUAAACAUGCACAGUUGUCCCCUAGGAAGGGGGCAGGGGCCCUGCCCUCACAUUCUGGCCCCUGCCAGGGGACAGUUAUUUGAAUGAGUGGCCAGGAGUAUCUGCCACCUCUUAUGGAGGCCGAGAUCCUGUGGAGACCACCCCUUGAAAAGGGCAGCUGUACAGGGCUAGGACCUUUUUUUUUUUUUUUUUCUUUUAAAUGAAGAUUCUGUAUUAAAGGAUUGGCUC